CAAGGCAUUGUGUCCGAGCGGUUAAGGAGUUGGCCUUAAGAAAGCUCCAGCUUCGAAGAGAUCCAAUGGGCGUGAGCCCUCGCGAGUUCGAACCUCGUCGAUGCCAUUCAUCUUUUGUCAUAAAAACCUAGCUUGCUGUAUGCUCCAACGAUUCCUCUGAGCGCGGGGAUGCACCAACAAGUUCCCGAAUAGCAGCGGACAGCUCAGCCUGUAGUGGCACUUUGCGGCUUCUUCCUCACAAUGAAUUCGGCACGUGAAAUCUCUGAAUCGCCAGUGCCUCGCCCCGCUGCUUUGGAACAAGAGUUGGAGCAAAGGCGCGGAAUAGAACGGAGAUCGCAAGCUGAUUGUUCGCACGUGAAAUGGAUUUCUGUGUUUUGGUGUAUUCUAGUGGAACAGAUUUG